AUGGAGAAAAAAUUAUUAAUAAUAGUUAUCAUCUUUUUAUUUUCAACUAUCCAAGUAUUUUGUCAAAUUGAUUAUAAAACAUUUGUAAUUUCAAAUGAAACAUACCUAUCAUACCAUUUUCCAGUUGGUAGUGAAUAUUUUUCAUCAUUAAAUUUUGAACGUUUCGUAGGUCCAUCAUUUCAACUGGAUUUUGAAUGUAUUACUUUCAAUGGUACAGUUUGUUUUUCUCAAAUUAAUCAAGAAAAUAAAAAACAAUUGUAUGGUACAUCCAUUACCUAUACAACAAAAGUAACUAUUAGUUUGUAUAAGAAUAACCUUCCAACUCCAAUAGUUUCUUCACCUUUCCAACCUCCAACAAAAGGUGGAAUCUCAAUUUUAAAAGGUACCUAUUUAACAUUUUCUGAAAGACUUUCCUAUUAUGAAGUUAUCUACCCAAAAAAACAAAAGAUUGUGAUUUCAGAUUCAGAAUCAUUAUCAUUCGAUGCAACAAACGUUAAAGUUAAUUGUCCACCUGGUUGUGGUUAUCAAAUAAUUAAAUGGGAGAAUGGCCAAUUAUUUAAUUUUAGUUAUUCAAAUCCAUCAGUAUUUGAUUAUAAAAUAAAUCCAUCAAAUAUUAUUGUAAAUGGAUCUGAUUUUUGUGAUAGUUCUUAUUCUUCAAAUAUUACAAUUGAUGGUGUUAUCAUUCCAAAUUCAAACUACCAAAAAGAUGAAGACUCAAUUGUAAUUAUUUAUAUUCAACAACACACAACCAAAUCAUUAUUGAAAAUAGAAACAAGCAAUGUAACAUCUGUUGAAAUUGAAAUUGUUUUUAAACCAGAACCAUUAAUUAUAAAUUCAAUUCCAUAUAGUAAAGGUGGUUUAAUUAUUUUAGAUGGUUCAAGAUUAUCUUCAAAUACAAAUAAAAACAAUAAUAAUAUAAUUAUUAAAAUUGGAAAUAUUACAUGUUCAAACGCAAUUUCAAUCUCAAAUGAAUCAAUCACAUGUAAUUUAAAUCCGGGUAUAUAUAAUAAAUCAGUUGCCUUAAAUAAUUUACCAGUUUCAGUUACAAUUAAUAAUAUUACAAAUGGAAAUACAUUAUUAUUUAAUUAUGGUAUGGUCAAAUUAAAUCCAAAUAAAUAUAGUUUACCAGAUCGUAUUUUACAAUUAAAUGGUGAUUGUCUCGGAAAUUCAAAUAGUACUAUUGUUUAUUUAAAUGGAAAAGAAACAUUAUUAAAUGAUUUAAAAAUAAAUAACCAAGAAACAACUUUAUCAUUUAAAAUACCAGAUGAAUUUAAAUCAAAAUUAAAUGUUUCAAUCAAGGUAAAUGAUAUUUUAUCAAAUGAAAUUCAAAUUGAUAUUUCAUUUUAUGCAAGUCAUUCUAAUGAACAACCAAGUACAAAUGGUAAUACAAAUAUUAUAUUCACAUUAUAUAAUAUUAAAUCUGAAAAUUAUAAUAAAAUACCAUCGAUUAUAAUUAUUCCUGAACAAAUUGUUAUUAAUGGUGUUUCAGUAAAUUCACCAACCAACCAAGAUGUUCAUUUGUAUUCAUUUUUAAUUCCAGCUGGGUGUGGUAAAAAAGAUAUUCAAAUUAUAAUUGGUAGUCAAUCAUGUUUGUCAUCAAUUACAUACUUUGAACCAAUUAUUAAAAAUUGUUUAGUAUCAGGUUUUGAUGGUACAAAUGGAAAUAUAAUUUGUGAUGGUAGUUUUGGUAAUAAAGAUUAUUUAAUUAAAUCAUCUGUACUUUUUUCAAAUGAUGAAAUUGUACCACCAUCAAUCAAUAGUACAACAUUUUCGUUCCCUCUAAUAUCAGGUUAUCACAGUGAUGAUUUAAUUUUUCAAAUGUGCGGUGUUCAAAGUAAACCAUUUAAAUUAAACAUCUCACCAUCAUUAAAAAGAAUCAAUCAAAGUCAAAUGGAAACAUUGGGUGGUAAAUUUUACAUUCUUGGUGAAUUCUUUAGUGCAAAUAUAAAUUGUAGUGUAUUUUGCAAUGAUAAAGAAUAUGAAAAACAUUUUGAAAACUCAAAGACGAUUUCAUUCGAUUUACAAAUUCCAGGUCCAAAUGAUAUUACAUGUAAUUAUACAUUUGAUAAUGGAAAAAAUACUGGUGAUUUUAAGAUUGAAUAUCCUUUACCAUUAAUAGAAAAUACGAGUUCAAUAAAUGUGAAUGGUGGAAAUUUAACAAUUUAUGGUAAAAACUUUUAUAAUGUUUCAAAUAUCAAAGUUGAAGUUGAUAAUCAAUUAAAAUGUAAUAAUAUUGAAUUUAUUAAUUUAAACAGUUUAACCUGUUUCUUACCACCAUUUAAUGAAACAAGAGAGCAAUCAUUAUUUAAUGAUCAAAAACUAUUAUUAAAUUCAUCAACAACUAUUUUUAGCAAAAAAUUAUUAUUAAAUGUUACAUUUGAAAGUAAAACAUGGAGUGGAUAUAUUUUUCAAUAUUCAAAAGAAGAAAUAAAAAAUAAUGGUACAAGUGAAAAUUCAAGUAAUGAUAUAAUAGAUCAUGAAAAAAACAAUAAUACUACAAAAAAUGGUAAAGGCGGUAUCAAUUUAAGUAAAGAAAGUAAAAUAAUAAUUUCUGUAGUCUUACCUGGUGUUAUUAUUUUAAUAAUUUUAUCGGUAGUAGUAAUCUAUCGUAUUAGAAUAAAUAGAAUUACACGAAAUACAUAUGUGAAAAAAAUUAAUGAAAUGAAAACAAUAACACCAGAAGAGAAACGAGAUGAAAUAGAUGAAUCAGAUGAAAUUAAAAAAAAACUUGAUAUUGAAAUGUCAGAAUUAAGAUCCAAUCUAUUCAUACACUCAAUCAGUUAUACUAACACACUCAAAGAACAACAAAUGGAAAGGGAUCAAAUCAAUAAAAGUCCAAGUCUACAAAUUCAACCACAAAAUAAUCAAUUGAAUAUAAUUAAUAAUGGUGAAGGUUCAAGUCAACAAAUUCAACCACAAAGUAAUCAAUCAAAUAUUAUUAAUAAUGAUGAGGGUUCAAGCCACCAAUUUCAACCUGAAAUUAAUCAAUCCAAUACAAUUAAUAAUAGUGAAGGUUCAAGUCAACAAAUUCAACCACAAAAUAAUCAAUUGAAUAUAAUUAAUAAUGAUGUGGGUUCAAGUCACCAAUCUAAGCAAAAUGAUAGUACUGGUUGCUGA